GAGUUCCUCAAUCAUUUUCAUUCCAACCAAACGGUUAAGCAUUCCCAACUACCUAUCAAACUUGGACUAUCGACACUUCCUUUCAACUACCAUUCCCGCACCACCCACUCUUCUCCUCUAUCAAUUAGCAACCACCAUUAUAAGCGCGGUUUUGGUUCACAUGGAAUCAAUCAUCCACAUCCCUAAAUUCUUGAGUCUUACAAAGAAAAAAGAAAAGAAAAUUCUCUCUUUACUUUCUUCUCAUUUUCUGUGUUUGCAGGUUCAAAUUCCUUAUGGCUGACUUUGAUCACUCAUCUAGUGAUGAUAAUAUCUCUGCUGACUCUAGAGAUGAAUCUAGCCAGGACUCUAAGCCUGAAUUUUCAGAGGAUGAGGAAACCCUAAUUGUUAGGAUGUUCAAUCUGGUUGGUGAAAGGUGGUCUCUAAUUGCUGGGAGGAUUCCAGGAAGAACAGCAGAGGAAAUUGAGAAGUAUUGGACUUCCAGAUACUCUAUAAGUCAAUGAAAAAGCCCAAAAGAACUGAAUGGUUCUUGCUGCUGCUGCUGCUGCUUUUGUUGUACUUUAUUAUAAGGAGCAUCAAAAUUUUGGAUGUUUUAAGGGCUUACUUUGCCAGGCAAAGCAAAGAGAAGGAACUGCAGUUAUGACUUAUGAUAUGUGUUUGUUCAAUGCUUCUUUACCAGAAGCAUUUUGGUAACUAAUGAUUUUGUGAGCUUUUGGCUAAUCUGAUGGUGGAUGUAAAUGUGCAUGUAAAACUCUUUAUUGAUUGGUUGUGGUGAAAACUUUUAUUAUUAUUUUUUAUUGCAAUCAGAUGAUAUUAUGACAAACAAA